AUGCCUCAUUUCAUCAGGCGCCUUUGGGCGUGCGCCAUUCUUCUCAUAAGCGCGGCGAGCCUUGCCCAGGCGUCGCUGCAGUAUUGCAAUACGCGAUCAUAUGUGCAACUGCACCUCUGCCUCGCCGUGGACGCUUACUACAACACAACUUCCAAGGCAACGGAUCUGGUGGCCACGUUUGGAUACCAGUCCUUCUCGGCUGGAGGAUGGACAUCUGUAGGGCUGGGGAGUAGCAUGUAUGGCGCACUCGUGGUCAUAGGCUACGUGCACAACGGAAAACCCAUGCUCGACCUCCGACAAGCGACAGGCCAUUUCGAACCGCAAUCGCUGCCCACUCUCCCACAAUGGACCAUCUCGUCGCUGGCGGCAAACACCAGUGGAUGGUUCGAGUCCAGCUUCCACAUCUACGGCUACGACUCAUGGCUCGGUGCCAAAGGGCACAAUCUCGGCGUCCAGAGCUUCAUAUGGGCAACGAGCGUGGCCAAGCCGGCAAAUAAACAUAGCGCCGCGUUUAGUCUGGCCAUGCAUGACGACAAGGGACAAUUCUCCUUUGACCUCGGCGACUACUCGGCGAACAACGCGCUAUCGGGCUCGCCACAACACGCACCGGUGAUUCACUUUGGCAAGAAGAAUGACAACGUUGAGGAUGGGGGUGCAUCCGUCGCCGCCGCCGGAGUUCCAAGGGCUUACGUGUUUUAUUUACACGGCGUGGCGCUCGUUUCUGGCAUCAUGAUAUUGUAUCCCGCAGGUGCCCUGGCUCUGAGGUUUACGAAGCUGCGACCUUUUCGAUUGCAUCUGUACUUCCAGCUUGGCGCUUCAAUGUCUUGCCUUGUCGGCUUUGCUGCUGCUGGUUUCGCCAUUAGAGCUGACCCACUGAGAUAUCUUCGCGAACCGCACGUCUUGUUGGGGCUGGUCAUUCUGUGUGGCAUUCUCCUCCAAAACACACUCGGGUGGCUCCAUCAUCGCGCGUAUGUGAACGACGCGAAAAACGCCUUCGUCACUUCUGCGCACAUCCUCGUCGGAAGAUUCAUCAUCAUCCUCGGGUCGGCAAACGCUUUGCUCGGCUUGAUCCUGGCCAGAGCCCGGCCAACGACAUUGGUCUUCCUGUCUACAGUUUUCGCGGUGGAUGUUGUCGUUGUAUCGUGCAUCUGGCUUGCUACACGGAAACGCCGAGACGAAGAGGAGAAGCAGGAGGUUGGAGUUCCGUUGUUGGAUGAUGACUCGGAUGGGCACGACAGCCACGCCACGUCGAGGAUAUGA